AAUCAUUAGAAGCAAGUAGCUAGCAUUACUGGAGAUGAUGGGCAAGGAGAAGAAGCUUGCCCCACUGCUGGUGACCCUGGCCAUCCUUCUCAUCACCACAGUGGAGAUGGUGCCGGAGGUCGUUGCCGGCGACGAUCUGCAGUGCAACGUGUGGUGGCCUCUGUGCAGCGGCGUGUGCUACAAGGCCGGCAAGUGCAUGCGCUGCUGCAAGCACUACGGCUACUUCCAUGGCCGCUGCAGCUUGAUCCAUGGCGAUGCCUGCUACUGCUGCCAUGGCCCGAACUCCGGCCAGCAGCAGCAGGGCAUGCUCAGGGUGAUUGAGCGCUCGCCACCGCCUCGCCGCCCUCCUCCGAUCCAAGGCAGCAGGCAUUGAUGCAUCGAUAGAACUUCUCUUCGAUCAGACUCUUCUCUUAUGAAUUAUGAUCGAUGGAUCACAGAUGAUCGACAAUGUUAUAGAUCUGAAUAAAUAAAUAGUACUCACUCCGUUCCUAAA